CCCCAACCAGCGGCGCUGUUAGUCUUUACUUGUGGUUUCCAAGCUCACCCACCUUCCCCUCAUCCUCUUCCUCUUUUCUUAUAUCUAUGCUUUAAACAAUUCAAACAACCAAUCUUCGCCCUCUCUCUUUCUGCUUCUUCCAUAUCUAUCCAUCUUCUUCUUUCAAUUUUUUUUUUGUUUCUUUUUCCUUUUUAAAUUCCUUUUAGCAAAUAUCUUCCGCCUAUCAUUCCCCAUACUUUCCCAAAAUAGAGAUUAAACUAUUACAGAAAAUCCAAAACCCCACAUCACCAAAACAUGAAAGGUGAAUAUGGAGACCCCCACCAUUCUUCUAAGCAUCAAAACGCUUCCCCCAUCACCAUGUUCUCCAAACUCCACCACCCGCACCACCUCCCCUUCUCCCACCACUUCCCUCUCUCUCGUGAAUCCGAGGAUGAUGACGCUAGAAGCACCGGCGCCCUCCCCGUUGCUUCCCUUUCUCCAAACACCACCACCACUAACGCAACCCCCAUCUCCGCCACCCCUAUCAAGAAACAGAAACCUGCCGAACCCAAUAGCGGUGAUGGUGCCACUAUUGAAGUUAUUCGCCGGCCCAGGGGUAGACCGCCUGGUUCUAAGAAUAAACCAAAACCACCUGUUAUUAUUACGCGUGACCCUGAACCAGCUAUGAGUCCUUACAUUCUUGAAGUUCCUGGUGGAAGCGACGUCGUUGAAGCGAUAUCCCGCUUUUGUCGCCGGAAGAACGUCGGUAUCUGCGUUCUUACAGGAUCUGGUACGGUUGCUAACGUCACUCUUCGUCAGCCGUCGACGACUCCGGGGUCUAUCAUUACUUUUCAUGGAAGAUUCGACAUUUUAUCGAUUUCUGCUACGUUUUUGCCUCAAGCUGUGUCGUAUCCAGUGCCUAAUACUUUCACUAUUUCUCUGGCGGGUCCCCAGGGCCAGAUCGUGGGUGGAUUAGUUGCUGGUAGCUUAGUAGCAGCUGGUGCUGUGUAUGUUAUCGCCGCGACGUUUGAUAACCCGAGUUAUCACCGGUUACCAGUUGAAGAUGAAGGGAGAAAUUCUGGGUCUGGCGGUGGCGGCGAGGGUCAUUCUCCAUCGGUUUCCGGUGCCGGUGGAGGCGGAGAGAGUGGACACACGCAAGGUGGAGGGGAGUCUUGUGGGAUGGUUAUGUACAGUUGUCAUUUGCCUUCUGAUGUCAUCUGGGCACCCACUGCCAGGCCACCACCGCCUCCACCGCCCUUCUAAAGUUUACUGUGAAUUAUUUUUUUUUUUCCCUUUCUUUGAAAAUGGAAAUCUUUAGGCUUGGCCGUCGAUUAUCACAAUCUUCUUGAUCACUUCUGUUUAAUUCUGAGUCCUAAUGUAACGUCGUAGUGAUUUUAGCUUGGAGGAACAGUGUAGCUAUUUUUUUCAAUCAAGUCUGUGAAAAAUAUAUUUACUUUCUUGUUAAUUGAUUAUACAUGAGUCUGUUCAAAUGAGAUAAAAAAAUUGUUAUUCAGAAGUGAAGUGAAAAGAAAGCUUAUGGACUAGUCUGACGCAUAGUGCUUAGCGUAUGGAGUGUGGAAGAGUGAUGGACGUCGAAAUCAGCAAUUAUGAAUUCUGGAGUCAUGUCAUGGGGUUUUUACACGGUGGGUUAUUGCGUGAUGGGUUGGCCUUGAAGUUUGAGACAGACCAAAAAUCUCUCUGAAUCCACCGCCAGAUUUCUGCAGCCAGCUGCUGUUACAGGCUGCAGUUGCACCGGGUGUGAAAGAUAAUGCUGAAUCUGAUUGAUUUUCCCUUUGCCUGCUGGCUCAGCCCUCUUGAUAUGGAUAAAGCGUAUGUCAGUGGAGAACGUGGCUAGGGUUGUGUUUGCUAGUUUUCUUUUAUCAGAGAUAGAGAUGAAGCUUGCUUUAUCCGAUCCGUUCUUAAAAGUUGAAAGCUCUCUUCCAAAACCCACUUUAUUUUUUUUCCAUAUGAUCUUCUGUACUUUCUUUUGUCUGCUUCUCUCCUUCCUUCCUCCUUUCUUUGACGGGAUAAAAGAGAACAUAAUGGAACCAAAAGGUAGGGUUUGCUUUCCCUCCUCUUACCACCUUCCA